AUGCAGCAGGAGCUUUUGUUCAAAGUCCUGGUCAUCGGGGACUUGGGGGUCGGAAAAACGUCCAUCAUCAAGCGGUACGUCCAUCAGAUCUUCUCCCAGCACUACCGAGCCACCAUCGGGGUGGACUUCGCCCUGAAAGUGCUGCAGUGGGAUAAUGACACUGUGAUCCGGCUACAGCUGUGGGACAUAGCAGGACAGGAGCGGUAUGGGAACAUGACUCGUGUCUAUUACCGGGAGGCGGUGGGAGCGCUAGUGGUGUUUGACGUGACGAGGGCCUCCACGUUCGACGCCGUGCUGAAGUGGAAGGAUGACCUGGACUCCAAGGUGACUCUGAACCAUGGGAGGCCAGUCCCAGCUGUACUCUUGGCCAACAAGUCGGACCAGCUGGGUUCCCAGCAGCCCAAACUCGACUCCUUCUGCAGGGAAAAUGGCUUCGUCGGGUGGUUUGAGACCUCGGCGAAGGAAAACACUAAUAUUGAGGAGGCAACACGCUGCUUGGUAGAGCACAUCCUGAACAACGAGGAGAGCCCCGUGGUAGAGCGGGACCCCGGCUCCCUCGUCCUGUCCGGAUACACUAACACCGCAAAAGAUCACCUCAACUGCUCUACGUGUGUGAAGUGGUGACUCCUUCCCAAUCACAAACAACCAAUAAGUUUCAGACGUGGUUACUGAAGAUUCUUUAAAAAGUCUUUCAUGUUUUGUUUUUUAAAUUUAAGGUAAUAUAUGUGUCAGACUUACAUGUCAACUUUUUAUUUUUUAUAUUUCAGUCACAGAUUACAAGUUAUAUUUCACAGCUAUGGACAAACCUGUGGUUGAUUCUGCCAUGGAAUAUGUACAUGAAUAUGUCUUAUUUCUUUCUCUUAAAGUUACUAAAAUAUCUAAAGGUUGCACAAGAAAAGUUGGUAUAUACAGUAUUUAAUAUGUACAGUUUCUGCAUGCUUCUCUUCUCUUGCUUUGAAUAUAUCUGACACUGUGACACUGGCAUUUAGCUGAACUGACAGCGCCCAGUGAUACUGUUUAUCUAACUCUUACAUAAUUUGGCAGUUUUUGUCUGCAGUGUGGACACAGACAGAAAACUCUCACCUACCUUCACACCAUCUCUGUUAAGUCAGAGAAUAUGAAGAGAGAGAAAUGAAAUCAUUAAAAAGGUGGACACGUGUAAAACUCAAUUCUGAAAAUAACUCUUGCAUAUUGUGGACCUUAUUGUAAGUGCAUUUAUAUUAAAGCUCCUUGAAAUUUA